AUGGAGGCUCCGUUCCUGGACCAGAGCAUCGCGAGCCGAUUGUGCAACGCGACAUCGUCUAUCAACUUGUCCUCGAUAUGUGACGGCUCCCCAGACUUCCUAACGCCCCCUUUGAAGGAAAUCCUAUGCAGCAAAAUGUCGACGGGAAACUUAACGAAUUCGAACCAGCUCUCCCGAAUAUGCUCCGGUCACUUCGACUUCGAGACUUCGUUCGAGCUGUCCGAGAACCUGCAGCGGUUCGUAUCGACCGUCGUCCCGAUCUUGUUCGGGAUCACCGUCCUGGUUGGCUUCAUCGGGAACACUCUGGUGGUAUUGGUGGUGCUGGCGAACCAGCAGAUGCGGAGCACUACCAACAUCCUCAUCUUCAACCUGGCACUGGCCGAUCUCCUCUUCAUCAUCUUCUGCGUCCCCUUCACCGCCACCGACUACGCCGUGCCCUCAUGGCCCUUCGGUCAAGUCUGGUGCAAGAUCGUCCAGUACUUAGUCAUCGUGACGGCAUAUGCCAGCGUAUACACGCUGGUCAUGAUGUCAUUCGAUCGAUACUUGGCCGUGGUCCACCCCAUCACCUCGAUGUCGAUCCGAACCGAGAGAAACACCUACUUUGCGAUCGUGGUUCUAUGGGCCUUGAUUCUGGUGAUGUGCGUGCCGGUCCUUUUCGCGCACGGCAUCAUCGUCUACGAACACAAAUACGAUUCGCGGGCGAAAUGCCUCUUCAAAGAGUUGGAAUGGGACCUGCCGGCCUUUCAGAUCUCCUUCUUCGCCACCUCGUACGUGAUCCCCCUGGGUCUCAUCUGCACCCUCUACUUGUUCAUGCUGAAUCGGCUCUGGACAGGGGUUGGGCCCAGCGGUCACGUGUCGGCCGAGAGCCGUCGCGGGAAGAAGCGCGUCACGCGGCUCGUCGUCGUCGUCGUCGCCAUCUUCGCCGUCUGCUGGCUCCCCAUCCAGGUCAUCCUGGUCCUCAAGAGCCUGGGAAAGUACGAUACCAACAGCUGGGCGAAGGUGAUGGCACAGAUCGUAAGCCACGUCCUCGCCUACAUGAACUCCUGUGUGAACCCCAUCCUCUACGCCUUCCUCUCGGACAACUUCCGGAAGGCGUUCCGCAAGGUGAUCCUCUUCCUUCGGAAACUCCUCUCGGGUCAGGGUCAAGAUCAAGGACAGGGGCGGGGUAUGGACUACGAGAUGACCCAAUGUACGAGGAAUAUGACUAACCGAAAAAAGCCCCCGUCCACCCCACAGACCUGUGACACCAACAUCGAGAACGAGAACGAGAAUGAGAACGAGAAUGACAUUCUGUGA